AUUAAAUAUAAGUAAUGGGAGAAAAAUAAUUAUAUUUCAUAUUUUUAAAUGCAUUAUCUUCAUAGUAGUCAGUAUUAUAGCGUAGAUUAUUGAUAUUCGAUAAACACGUAACGAACUUUGAAGAAAGUACAGAAAAUGGGACUAUUUGAUCGUUUAGCGAAUCUUUUAGGUCUUAAGAAAAAAGAAGUAAACGUUUUAGUAGUGGGCCUUAACAAUAGUGGUAAGUCGACGGUCAUAAAUAAUUUCAAACGCGAGGAUGACCGUUGCAUAGACAUAGUACCUACUGUUGGGUAUAAUGUUGAAAAAUUUUCAUUUAAAAAUGUUAGUUUCACAGCAUUCGAUAUGUCAGGACAUGAUCGUCAUAGAUCAUUAUGGGAACACUAUUAUAAAGAUUGCCAUGGUAUUAUUUUUAUAAUUGAUAGUAGUGACAAAUUACGAUUGGUUGUUGUUAAAGAAGAAUUAGAUAUGCUUCUUCAACAUCCAGAUAUAGCUGGUCGUAAAAUACCGAUUCUCUUUUUGGCUAAUAAAAUGGAUUUGCCUGAUUCUCUAACCACUGUUAAACUUGUUGCUGGGCUUGGUCUUGAUCGUAUACAAAAUAAACCUUGGCAUAUACGAGCAACAAAUGCAAUUACUGGAGAAGGCUUACAAUUAGGCAUAGAAUGGCUUACAGAUCAAAUUCGUGACAUAUAUAUUAAUAAAAGAUAAAGAUAAAUUAUUUAUCAUAAUAUACCAAUAUUCGUGAAAGUUAACUAAACAAAAAGCAAUCAAUUAUAAUAUUUAAAAUUGGACAUUUUUAAAUUCACACAAAUAAUAUUUAUACAUCUAUUUUACUUCGAUUUCGUCCUCGUGAAUGAAAUUCAAAUUACGAUAAAUAAAUAUCUAAUUUACAAUAUCUAAUUCUAAUCAUCUGUUCAAUGACAGACA